UUCAAAAACCCCAACACAACAUUAAAAUAACCAAACUUGAGAUUCAAAUUUCACCACACAAGAGUAAAGAAGCAUCCCAGCUUCUUCUUCUUUCUUGUUGUUUCUCUUAUAACUGAACUCUUCUCUGUCUCCUUCUGAUCUGCAAAACUCUAAUAUUUUCCUUUUUACGCCUUGAGAUUUUCGAACUCCAGAAACCUCCUCUCUCUUUCUUCGCCCUCCAGGUCUUUUCCAUAUAUAUAUAUAUAUGUAGAUGUAUAUAUCAUCAGCUUUUCUUAUCAUCUCUCCCUUUCUAUCUGUCUGAUAAUGUUCAGAAGGUGAAUUUAUGGAAAGUUCUGCUUCUUUCUUAUCCUUCUCAUUUCAUGGCCUUUUUUCAGUCUUCAUUGUCUCUGAUAAUAUUAGUACUAUCCCCUCACUGAACUAGCUUUUCAGAAUCUCUGUCUCUGUAAAACCCUCUGCUAUACAUUACUCAGUUUAUUGUCUCUCUUCUUCUUCUUCCUCUCAAAAACCCUAGUUAGCUAUAGCCCAGUUUUAAACUUUCUUAUGCUACAUAUGGCUUCUUCUUCUUCUUCUUCGGCUUCUCUUAGUUCUGAUACACAUGAUAAUCAUGAUCAAAUGCUAAUGAUGAUCAGAAAGCCAAUCAUGAUCGAACACAGCAUGAGCAAGCCGUUGAUGCUCAAAGACUACCUCCUAGACGAUCUGAGUUCGUGCUCAUCCAACGGCUUCAAAUCCUUCCCCCGCCGACAGUGCUGCACAACCGUCCGAUUCCUUCUCGAGAUUGAUCUCACACAGAGGUCGUCAUCAUCAUCAUCGUCCGAUCGUCAUAAGAAGAAAAGCCACGAUCAUCAUGAUCAACGGCGCCUUUGGAGAAGCCGUUCCAGAUCAUCUUCCACAAUGUCGGCGCUCCAACGAGCUACCGACGCCGUCAUUAACGCCGUCAAGUUCCUGCCGUUUCCAUCCGUUAAGUCAUCCAUACACAAUAAAAGUAAAAAAGUAUUAUCAUCAUCGUCACUUCUUCCCAGAAGCCUUUCAAGGAAGCUACUCAUGAGGAAUCGCUUCUGGGGAAGAUCAGAUCAGAAGAUCAGAAGGUCGAGAUUUGCGUUGCCUGAUCAAGUACUUCAGGAACGUUGCGAACCGUCUGAUGAAAAUACCAUUUCAACAACAGCACCAACUGUAGUAACUGUUACUGCAGGCAGGGUCUCAACCAGCACGAGCAGUAACAGUAAAAGCAAUAGCUGGUGCGAGAGCGAGUUUGCUAAUUCGGACAUGUUGAGUUCAACCGAAAACGACGUCGCUGAGAGUGAAAAGGAGGUGUCGCAAAAGAUCAACAGGAAAGUAGAUAUAACUGUCGGUGAUGAUCAUUCAACGGAAGAUUCAACCACCGUAGUUAAGCAGGAGUGGCCAAACGAAGAGGAAAAAGAACAAUUCAGUCCCGUAUCCGUGUUAGAUUGUCCAUUUGAAGAUGAUGAUCAUGAUGAAACUAGCUCUCCUUUUCAUCAUAAACUUGCUCGUUUAGAAGGAAACAAGCAAAAACUUUUACAAAAGAUUCGAAGCUUCGAGAAGCUCACACAGUUGGAACCAAUAGACCUAGAGAAGCGAAUUGCGAUGUCGGAGCUGGAAGACAAACUAGUUACAAUUUCCAAUGUUCACGAAGAUUAUGAUCGUGAGAAAAGAAACGGAAGCGAGGAAAAAGCCCGGGAGAUGAUGAAACUCAUCAGGGUUCGUACGAGUACUACCACGGCGUUAACCGCUCCUUUGAAGAUCGAUAACUUGGUCUCUAAGGCAGAUAACUUGCUGUUUGAUUUCUUCAGAGAGAGAGUAAUGGAAGAGGGCGAGGCGAAUGACGAGGCGUUCAAUCAGAAAGAGGCUUUGAAAGUGGCUGAAGAUUGGGUAAAUGGGGAGACAGCGGGAGUGUUGUUGGGUUGGGAAGUGAAGGAGGCAAGAAAUGGUUAUGUUAAGGACAUGGAAAAGAGUGGGAAAUGGGGAGAGUUGGAUGAGGAAAGGAAUGAGAUUGUUUUGGAGGUGGAAUCUCAACUCUGGAAUUCUUUGGUGCAUGAACUUUUGCUUCAUCUCUUGUGAUUUCAAAUUAUUAAAAAUAAAAAAUAAAAAAAAAGUAACGUGUUUUGUACUCAACAGUGAUCAUCAUGCAAAUAUUGGAACAACUCAGGGUUGUUUUCGUCAUUCUAAUGCAGGCACUGUCUGAACUAGCCAACUAGGCUGGUCAUUGGCUUGAAUGACUAAAGCCACCUUGAGGGUAUUUGGCCAAUCGCCAAUGGGCACUAUAUAUUAUUUUUCA